UUGGUUUUAAACGUGUUUUUAGUAUGUCAUCAAGAUAGUAGCAGCAAUCGACCGAGAGAACAAAACACUGUUUCGGAAUCUUCUCGUCGUUUUCGUACAGAAUUUUUAGAAGAUUGGCCCCAAACUCCUGGGGCACCUUAUUUCGAUCCCAGCACUCCAGAAAAUGUAACGGGUCUAGUUGGACACUCUGUCACUUUAUUGUGUAAAGUGAAAAAUUUGCAAAAUCGCACUGUAUCAUGGGUGCGUCAUCGAGAUAUUCAUCUGCUCACGGUUGGUCGGUACACAUACACUUCAGACCAACGAUUUGAAGCACAACACAAACCUCGAUCAGAGGAGUGGGCAUUAAGAAUCCGUAGUCCUCAGCGGAGAGAUUCUGGACAAUAUGAAUGCCAGAUUUCCACUACGCCACCUAUUGGUCAUGCGGUAUAUCUCAGUAUUGUAGAACCCGAAACCGAAAUAAUGGGUGGCCCGGAUCUGUUCAUCUACGCCGGCUCUACAAUUAAUCUGACGUGUAUAGUAAGACAUACUCCUGAACCACCAAGUACUAUUAACUGGACACACAGAGGAAAAACUAUUAACUUCGAUUCAACCCGGGGUGGAAUAUCGCUAGUCACCGAAAAAGGAAUCCACAGUAGCAGCCGAUUGUUGGUUCAAGCUGCUCGAACAUCAGACGCCGGAGCUUAUCAGUGUGUACCUGAUAAUGCUCAAUCAGCUACAGCUAGAGUACAUGUGCUCACAGGUGAGACUCCCGCUGCAAUGCAGGGUAAUGCCAAAGAACUUUCACUUUCCUUCGUUCUUUACGUUACAAGUGUCACAUUGUAUUUAAUAUUUGUAACAUAA